AUGGGGGUCCCGGUCACGUUCCGGGAUGCCCUGGCACGCCUCCCGAAAGGGCGUGGCCUUGAGGCCCCGCCCGCGCCCGGGGUGGGAGGACCUCCUUUUCAGCGCAGAAACAGUGAGAGCCUGGCCGGCGCCGCCAGCCGGACUCCGCCCAUCCGAGGCUCCGGCCCGCUCAUUGGCUGGAUCCGUGGUGACGUCGUGAGGUUCACAGACAGUACUCCGAGCGCCCGGCGCGCGGGAGGUAUUGUACUUCUCCCCGGCUUUGUUCCAUCGUCUGCUCACCUGGCCCUAGGUGCGUCCUGGCCGUGCAACCCGGAGCGGGUGCCAGCAGCCGCCGCCGCCGCCGCCAUGGUGUCCCCGGUCACUGUGGUGAAGAGUGAGGGACCCAAACUGGUGCCCUUCUUUAAGGCCACCUGCGUGUAUUUUGUGCUCUGGCUGCCCUCGUCCAGCCCAUCGUGGGUCAGUGCCCUUAUCAAGUGCCUGCCCAUCUUCUGCCUCUGGCUUUUCCUUCUGGCCCAUGGCUUCAGGUUCCUGCUGGCCCACCCCAGUGCCUCCCUCAUCUUUGUGGGGCUCGUCUUCUCUGCUGUGGGUGAUGCCUUCCUCAUCUGGCAGGACCACGGCUACUUUGAGCAUGGUCUCCUGAUGUUUGCUGUGACACACAUACUGUAUGCCUCGGCCUUUGGCAUGCGGCCACUGGCUCUCCGGACAGGUCUGGUGAUUGGAGUGCUGUCAGGCCUGUGCUAUGCUCUACUCUACCCAGGGCUGUCAGGUGCCUUCACCUACUUGGUAGGAGUCUAUGUGGCCCUUAUCAGCUUCAUGGGCUGGCGAGCUAUGGCAGGGUUGCGGCUGGUUGGGGCAGCCUGGCGAUGGACGGAGCUGGCAGCCGGCAGUGGUGCACUGCUUUUCAUCAUCUCAGACCUGACCAUCGCUGUCAACAAGUUCUGCUUUCCUGUGCCCUACUCUCGGGCGCUCAUCAUGUCCACGUACUAUGCUGCUCAGAUGCUCAUUGCCCUGUCGGCUGUCGAGAGCCGAGAGCCGGUGGAAGACUAUAGACUGAGCAAGGCCAACUGAAGGGACUGGGGUCUGCUCACCUUUCUCCUGGGGCUGGGGCCCAGACUUUGGGAGUGUGCAGGAGCUGGAUCACCAGGCACCUCCUGGGAAAGUGGCAGGCUUGAAGGGGUCAGCGGGAGGAGGAGCUCCCAGGAAAGCUGAGAGCUCAAAGAGGCAGCCUCACAUCCCUUGCCUAAGUCAGAGUAGACCUGUCCGCAUCCCAGCAGGACUGUCAAAACCCUCCUGGAAGACGAUGGUGCUUUUU